GUGUGUUUAGGGGCGGGGUUGAGGGGUGGGUAUUAGGGCGGAGCGAAAGGGAUGGGAAGAAAGAGGAUGAACCAUUUGAGGUUCAUAUUGACAUGCCGUUCUCUGUGAGGCUCCUGUGAGGACAGCCAUGGAGGGAGUGCUGGAGGGUGCGUUGGUCCUGGGAGUGUGUAAACUGGCUUGCAGCCUGUUCUUCCUGUCUGCACUCCCGGGGAUCAUCAGCUUCUGCUUCUGCUGCCUGCUGAUGUUCACAGACAUCCUGGUCACAGGUUUCCUCCUCUUCUUGUGGACUGCUGAUCCCUGGCCGCCCCAGCUGGCCCCUCACAGCGACCUCAUCGCCCUGCGCUUCCUACUCUUCCUCGGACACACCUACGCGGCGGCGCUGCUCCUCGCCACGCCCCUGGUUGCAGCGGAGAUUGCCCUGAGAAAAGUGUGGGCGUGCGACGGCGACGGCGCCGCCUGCCAGAGCAUGGAUGACGUCGGGUGCGAGGUGCUAGAGAGUAGCGUAGCCUCGGAGAAGGGCGACGCGCGCCCACUGGGUGCUGCUGACGCGGACAGAGGGCAGGGGAAACGGAAGCAGCUGAGCCACGCUAUUGGCUACCUGUGCUGCCUCGCUGUGUGGAUGGCGUCGGGGCUGUGGGUGAGAUGGAGCGGGCGGAGUCUGGAGGAGCUGUGGGUCGCCGAGUGUUUACAUUCAAGGGGCUCCUUCAGAGCCUGUCUGCCCAGAAUGUUCCCCUUCCCCGUGGAGCCCUUCUGGGGGGCGGCCGUCCUCAGCCUUCUGCUGCUGCUCUACCUGGCUAGGGAGCUGGCUGCCUGGGUGCGCCGGGGUAAACACAACACAGAUGUUGGUGAUGACAACAACAACAACAUAAACAGCAACAACAAUAAGAGCAGCCGUUGGCAGCACCUUGUCCCAGCACCUGUCAGGCCAUUGUCCCCGACGACGGAGCCCUGGCUGGUGGUGGAGCCGGAGCUCGGGUCUGUUGACCCAGAGAAAACAAGCAGCAGCUGCAUGGCUCCCACGGCCGCAUGCUGGCCCAGCGAGCCACCGGUGGCUCACUGCUCCCAUCCCGCCCUGCCUGAACCGGAGUCUGCGCCCAGAGAUCCACGGCGAGGGCCGGACCGGGAGACGGCACAGCACGUCGUCCCCAGCCUAGGGCUGAUCGUCACCACCGGGCUGGUGGGAGUGCUCUCCCUGUGCACGCUGCCUCUGGUCCUCAGUGUGAACGUGCUGCUGGUUCAGACGAUGCAUGCCGUGGCGGAAGGGUGCUUGGAGACCUGCUUAGCACAGUGGCGGUCGGGAGAGGGCAGGUCGACUGUUUUAAGGGCGUUGUGACACCACUAUUUCAGGGCUUGGAUUUUAAGGACACGCUUUGUUUUUGGUGGGUGGAUGUGGACGGAAAACUAGGUGGAUUUUUUUUGGGGGGGGGGGAACAACAGCUGGUCGGGUUGUUAGAUGUCAAUUGUAAAUAAAACUCUUCAAAGCAGCCAAGUCCCUGGUAAGCUGGUUUAGUGUAGCCACAAGCUACGAAUAUUGCUAGGAGACAGGCUGAGGCGUGCUCUGCACUAAGACAGACACUUAACUGAACCAGAGUUGCUGAUUGUUCCAAUGUUGUGCAAGCUCCAUGAACGCUAACAAUUAGACAUCAUAUAACAAUGAUACCUCAUUGUUAAAUAUAACAAUGAGAAAAUAAAGUAAAAAGUAAAAAACAUUUGUAUCCUUUUUAAUGUCAGACG